CAGAGAUAACGAUAAGUUGUAUGUCUCGUUCAUGAACAUCUUAUCUAUAAGAUUGUGGUUUAACAUGGAUGUAAAGAUGAGAUGUUCACUGUUAUUCACGGUUUUCUCUCUUGUAUUAUUUCAAAAAGGGAAUAGUGAGUGCAACAACAUAUGUCCUGUUGGCUGGACUAGGUUCCAGGGAUCAUGCUAUUUCGUUGGCUUCCAACAACUACUUUCAUUCGUUGAAUCAGCGCAUUUCUGUAAACAGCACAAUUCACAUCUUAUACAUGUGGACAAUGCUCUGGAAAAUACAUUCAUUAAGGACUAUCUGCACAAGACAAAUGCUGGGAGGUCGUGGCUGGGUAUGAGUGACAUGGAUAUUGAGGGUAUCUGGCGAUGGUAUGAUAAUAAUGAAAUAGUGAGUUUCACAGAUUGGUAUCCGGGACAACCAGAUAAAGGAGACAACGAAGAUUGUGCAACAUUUGCCGAAUACCACUCUGAUCAUGCUUAUCUUUGGGAAGACUACCCAUGUGAUCGCAAGCAUCACCCAGUUUGUGAGAUAAAUGUUUGUACUGAGACAGAAAUUAUCGGAUGAUCCUUUCAAACCAAAUUGAAACUACCUUUAUAAUAUAUAAACUAUACGAUGCUUAUAUUUUGUUUGGGAAAUAUUUGAGAUGGUUUUCAUGUACAUUUUAGCUGGAAAAAAAAUAAUAAAAAC